AUGGCCAUGUUCACAAGCUUCGGCAGGAACGCGCCUUACCUGCGACAGCAGCUAGCUGCCCUCUUGGGCAACACCAGCAUUAGUGUCAAGUUCAUCUGUCUGGUCGUCCUCUUCUCUUACUGCCUCAGUUUUUCAGAACAGGCAAUUCUAAUACUUAGCGUUACUCCGGGUUACCUGCUGGCUCCUGCCUUUUGGGUUUGGACGGCCUUUACCAGUUGCUUUCUCGAGAUUCACUUUUGGGAAGUGGUCGUUGACGUGCUCACUGUGGUGCUCUGUGGCAAGCUUAUCGAGCCACUAUGGGGUGCCAUGGAGAUGAUGACUUUCUUUGCUAUUGUCAAUUUUGGUGAUGCCAUUGUGUCAGCUGUGUUCUAUCUGGUACUCUAUAUGUGUACCAGUAACACAGAUAUGUUGUUUGAUGUGCAUAUUCAUGGUCUCACUGGAUACAUUGCAGGUGUCACCGUUGCAGUCAAACAAAUAAUGCCAGAUCAUAUUUUAGUCAGAACACCAAUUGGAAAAAUAACCAAUAGAAACAUACCUCUUAUGGUGUGGAUCCUAUACUUGAUUCUUUAUCUUUUUGGAGUGCUAGAAAGCACGCAUCCAACAAUGUUUCUCAAUGGACUGUUAAUCUCAUGGUUGUAUCUCAGGUUUUACCAAAGACAUAAUAAUGGCUCUAGGGGUGAUAUGGCUGAUAGUUUUACAUUUGCUAGUUUCUUUCCAAAUGUACUCCAGCCACCUAUUGCAGUAGUUUGCAAUACAAUUUACGGCUUUUUCAUAAGGAUAGGUCUUUGUAAAAAGGUAGUCCACAGGUUUGACAUGGCAAAUACGUCACGGAGCUUAUUCAUCAGCAUACCCGGAUUUAAUCCACAUGACAGUGAAAGGCGAAGGCAAAUUGCAUUAAAAGAACUGAGUGAAAGACUAAGUAAAGAUCAUGCAAAGCAACCUCUGCUACCUGAUAGGGGAAAAAAGCAUUCACCAGUACCUUCUGCGGUUGCGGUUCAAAUACCAGAACCUGCGGUAUCGAAGCCUUUGCCUUCUCCUCUCAUACCGCAGAUCAACAUAAAUAUUCACAGUCACCAAUCGCCGAGUGGUAGUAACACGUGAUCUUUAGUUAAGGACUCAUCAACGAGUCCUGAUGAAUCUUCUGUCAAUGAAUGAAAGUCAGAGUGUAAGUAUGAAAUUAACAAUAAGAUUUUUAUGGGAGUUAGAGAGUGAAAUGUUCCCAAGUGAACAAAUUAUCUGAUGCAGAGCUAAUGGCAAUAUUCAAUGAGAUGACCAAGCUUUGAUAUUUUUUCACACUCAGUAUGUGUAUAUAUCAUUGUAUGUGAAUAUGAAUUAAAGCUUUAAUUUAAAACAAUUAAUUUAACAGAGAUGUUUAUUAAACGGUAGAAGGUACGUGAUUAAAUUCAAAUGACUUAAUGAAUAAAUGCCAUGUAACACUAAAUCAUAAAACUUUUUUUUUUAAGUUGAUAUAAAAUGAGAGGAUAAAGACAUUUUACAUUUAUAAGUAACAGUUUUUAGAUACAUCAUUCAUUUACAAAAAACAGCAAUCAAUUUUUUUUCAUGUACAAAAACACUGUUUACUUUGCUACUCAAUAUUUUUAUUUUUAUUUAACAGAGAGAUAGUGCAUUAGUCUCAACUUUUCUACGAAAAAAAAGAAGAAAAAAUUAUAUUUCAAAGCUGUACAAAAUCGAUGUUAAAAUAAAAGGUAAUAAAAAAUUAGAUUUAUUGAUGUUAUAAUGUAAAUAUCGUAGCUAAAUUCUUAAGCAAAAUUUUUCAUAGCAAAUGAAAAAUUUUUAUGAUCAGAA